AUGAAGAAAUUGUCACCCAUUACAGUCACCAACCAAAGGAUAAAGUAUAAGAAAGGAGAUCAGGAACAAGAUAUUGUUGCAACCCUAAUUAGUCAAAAAUGUCACAGAUUAAGAAAAUUACAAAU